UUUGUGUACAGCAGGCGAAGGCGGCGGGUUGCUAACCGCUAACCAAGCCACCGCUAACUAACACGGCCGCCAUCAUGCUGCACACGGUAGGCUUUACUCCUUGAAAACGAAGCCUCAUUGAAAUACACGCAUCGCCGCUAAAGUGUGCUAAAAAAAAAAGAUAGAAACCUUCCGUGCCAGUCAACGUUAGCUGGCCUAGCCGGACUCGGGAGCUCGUCGUCCCGAUACAAGAAUGGGGUCGUGGUCCACUUGGAUUAUCUUACUCGUGAAGUGACCUUUGAUUUAACUCGGAUGGCAAAUUUUGCAAAUUACCAGGACGGCAAGGCAGCGAUGUUGAUACUGGAGACGCAGCAGAGGGACGUGGGCUCCAAGUCUGCUAUCGGGGGGGAACCCCCUUCCCCGUUAAUUAACAUCGGAGGAGGAGGAGGAGGCGGCUCUCGUUCCCAUCAGUUGCCGCCCUCCAGCCACCUCCAUCAGCAUCACUAUCAGCUGGCCGCGCAUCAUCAUCUGGCCGCCGACACCGCGGAGGCUCCUGGCAGGAAGUCGUCUCCCAGCCAGCUCCACAUUGCUGAUGAGCCCACCGCUCCCUCCUCUGCUGCCAGCACCGGUGGCCAUGUUUACGCCGCGGCCAACAUCCCUUCAGACGCGGUGGACGACAUCCGUAAAUGCGGGUACCUGCGCAAGCAAAAGCACGGGCACAAGCGCUUUUUUGUGCUGCGGGCCGCCAGCCGUCUGGGCCCCAGCCGCCUCGAAUACUACGACAGCGAGAAGAAAUUCCGGAGCAGCUUGCGCUCGGCAGCCACGGCGGCGGCCAGCAAUGGGGCCGUGGGCCCUUCCUCGCCGAAGAGGGUCAUUUACCUCUACCAGUGCUUCACUGUCAACAAGAGGGCUGACUCCAAAAACAAACACCUCAUUGCCCUUUACACAAAGGAUGAAUACUUUGCCAUUGUGGCUGAAAACGAGCAGGAGCAGGAGGACUGGUAUGUUGCUGUCAGCGGGUUGAUGAGCGAGGGCAAGAAAGGACAUUUGGAUGCGGACGAUUUGGAUGACGGCUAUGGUACGGUCACACCUGGUACUGUUUUUAAGGAGGUGUGGCAGGUGAAUGUCAAACCCAAAGGACUUGGUCAGACCAAAAACCUCACAGGUGUUUACCGCCUAUGCCUCUCAUCCAAAACCCUUCACCUGGUCAAGUUGAACUCUGAGACCCCGUGCGUUAACCUCCAGCUGAUGAAUAUCAGGCGCUGUGGACACUCUGAAAGCUUCUUUUUCAUCGAGGUGGGUCGUUCCUCCUCAAUUGGGCCAGGGGAGAUAUGGAUGCAGGUGGAUGACUCGGUCGUCGCCCAGAAUAUGCACGAGACCAUCCUGGAAACUAUGAAAGCCCUCAAAGCAUUUGCAGAGUUCCGGCCCAGGAGUAAGAGCCAGUCAUCAGGCUCCAACCCAAUGCCAUUCAUCACCACGCGCCGUCACCUGGGCAACCUGCCGCCAAGCCAGACAGGUCUGCAGCGGCGGUCCCGAACGGAGUCAGUUGUGGGCACGCCACCGUCGAGUAAGAGCUCCGGCGCUAGCGGCUACCGGUUUCGCACGUCCAGCGAGGGUGAGGGGACAAUGAACCGGCCGUUUCACUCCGCCACUGGAAGUUUGGUCCACCUUCACUCUGUGCGGGCUCAGCACUGCCGUGCAGAGGGGUAUGGCGCUGGUACGGGUGGUGCUGCAACAGGAAACGCAGGAACCAGCACCGGAGGAGGCCGCUAUGUCCGGGCCAUCCCAGGGUCAUCGUCAUCCACCUACCACGCCCGCUCCGCCUCCCUCCCAGUCUCCCACUUCCCCUCCACCACCAGCCCUGUCAGCGUGUCCUCCAGCAGCGGCCAUGGUUCUGUCUCGGAUACCCUCACCCGUCCAUCUAGCGCUUCGAUAUGUGGCUCGCCAUCUGAUGGUGGCUUUAACUCCUCUGAUGAGUAUGGAUCCAGCCCUGGUGAUUUCAGAUACUUCCGUGUGCGGAGCAACACCCCUGAUUCCCUUGGGAACACCCCACCAAUUAGAGAGGAGAACUGUUUAAACGACUACAUGGCAAUGAGUUGGAACCGGGAGGUGUUUGGCACCAGUGGCGGCUCUGGGAACACCAGUGGGGCUGAGACGCCCCGAGAGGAGAGUAUGUCAACAGAGGAUGAGCGCUUCUCUUCUCUGAGGAGGAGGACCCACUCUUUCUCCAGAACUGUUGGGGGUGCCACUGGUGGCCCAGGAGUGGCUGUCUACCAAAAAAUGACCCAAACCAACUUUUCUUUGGAAGAAGGGGCUGACAUUGCGUUUGGCGGGGGCCUGCUUCGUGGCGGGCCUUCGUCCUCCACUUCCUCGCUGCGCUCUGACUACAGCUCUUGCUCCGAGCACAGCCAGCAGAGCCGUCCCUCGACGCAGUCUCAACCAGAGCCUGCCGGGGAACACCCCAAGGAAGACAGCGGCUACAUGCCCAUGAUGUGCGGUGUGGCUGCGUCCCCGAGGGACACGUACCCUGACUACAUACCCAUGCAGCCCGGCUCCCAUCCCGUCUUCCACUCCCCCCAGCUUCAUAGCCCUGCUUUGUUUCCUCGCUCAGCCCAGCGCCAGCCACAGACCUCCACCGAUGCCAACGGCUACAUGAUGAUGUUGCCAGGAGGCAGUAGCAGCGCCCCCUCCCCAGUGCAGACCUCUAGCGCAGUAGGUGCAAGCGGGAGUGGCAACAUAGUGGAAAGACCUGAGAAUGGAGAGUACAUGGACAUGUCAUUUAGCAACAGUGAGGGCCGCAAACCGGAUGGCAACAGCGCGUGCAACGCCCCUGAGGGAACUUACAAGUCCUACAGCCCUUAUUUUUCCCUCCCUCGGUCCUACAAGGCCCCCAAUAGAGAGAGGGAUGAAAAGGAGUAUGGUGACUAUGUUCCCAUGACUACUCCAGCAAAACCUGUCUACUCAAAAGUUGCCACAGAUUCCAUAUCCACACCUGAGAGAAGAGCAGGCGGGGGUGGUACCAACUCCACGCCCUCUCACCCACCUCCGCCUUACGGAGCUCACCACACGACCGCCACAAUGGCUGAUCGGCGUGUCAGACCCAACCGGCUCCCCCUAGGCAGGAGAAGUUUCCCCGGACCAUUGCGUGCAAGCGAGCAAUCAUCCGCAGGCACCGCUACCUCGGCCCCCGCUGCCGGCACCUUAUCUGACAGGCCACCCAGUCCAGGAGAGUACAUCAACAUCGAUUUUGGCGAUCACUACCCCCACCAACAACAGCCCCCCGCCUACCAUCUUGACACCCAUCAUGAUGGCCCCCUACUGGCCUCCAGUGACCACCGUAGCUCCCCUACACUCCCCCAAGGCCAGGACUAUAUGAGCAUGGAGGUCGGGCUACACCAUCACAGCAGUGAUGGCAGUAUGGGUAAGAGCCAGUCACCCAGACCCAGCCUCGUGGCCCCUUGGAACCCACCCAGCUAUAUCCGACCCCUGACUAACAAUCCAGCCACACUGGCCUCCCCAGGGGUCCCUGCUGGAAGUCACUGGAGGUCAUCGGGCGACGACUACACCGACAUGACUUUCAGCACGGCCGAAAGGACUCCGAUGAGCCCUACUGCCAUGCUGCAGCAUCUCUGUGUGAUAGAGGGACACUACCCAUCUCCCACCCUUCCCCCCAUGAACUUCGGGAGGUCACAGCCGCACCAGCAGGAGCCAAAGGUCAUCCGGGCCGACCCUCAAGGCCGGAGGAGACACAGUUCUGAAACAUUUUCCUCCACCUCUUCCUCUAAUUCAACGCCCUCUGGCGGGGCACCCUUUGCUGCCUGUCCAACGCUGGCUGACUCUGCGAGCGAGAAUGGAUCAUGUCCUGCACAGGGCCAAGCUUCCAGGUGGGCCAGCUCCGCAUCUUUUGACAGCAUGUGGAUGUCUGUAGAGGGUCUCGGGGACGUGCCAGCAGACCAAGCCCAGGCUCGGGCAUCAGACUUGGACACAGCAUCCAGCACCUCCUCUUCCGCUGGCGGAAUGUACAGAAACAACAUGUCUGCGGGAUACCAGAACGGCCUCAACUACAUCGCCUUGGAGCUGAGGGAUGACGGGAGCGACGUGGAUGUCGCUCGGUCAGCAGGCUCCGGUGAGGGCCUGAUGCCACCGGAGAACGGGGCCUAUGCCAGCAUAGACUUCACCAAGUCGGAUGGCAUCUCUUCGAAGACCAAGGACUGAGCGCCACCUUCCACCCGCUUGACAACUUCCACCAUGUGACCUUCAUCGCCAUCCACCCACUCGCAGAUGACCUCUGACCUUCACAUCAACUGAAACGAGAGACAAAACAGACAGAAAAAGCGUGCAGUUUUUUGUUUUUUUUUAACACUCAUUUAUUUUUCUUGUGUUUUAUAUGCAAAAUCUUCACUUUUUUUUUUUUUUUAUAUAUUGAAAACAAAUUAUCUUCUUUCUGGCGAAGUGCUGCUGCCCUGCCUGGUGAGCCAACGUAUUAGCAGGCAGUUCCACUUCUUCAUGCGGUGUUAAAAAGGGAGGCGUUACGGUACAGUCUUUUUACGUUUGCACCUAAAAUAUUCAUUUUUAUUUUAGUCUUUUGUUGUUUUUCUACCCCUUCUGUCUUCGCUGUGGUACUUCAGUUAUUACCUUGUGGAGAAAGUUGUUGUAAAGAAUGCGUGUCUAACUGUAUAUGCAUAUAUACGGGGUGGGUGUAUGUAUGUGUAUAUAUGUAUGUGUAUGUAUAUAUAUCAGUACAGGCUAAACAUUUGGACACACCUUCUCCUCAUUCAAUUCUAUUUACAUUGUAGAUUGUCACUGAAGGCAUCACAACUAUGAAUGAACACAUGUGGAGUUAUGUA